AUGUCUCGUACGAAAUACCACUACAAUCGCCUUCUCUCACUACUCCACAAACACCAAAAUUGCACUCGGGCCAUCCAACAAAUCCAUUCUCACUUGCUAGUCCUCAACACCCAACAUUUUCGCGUUCUUGCUCUUUGGAAUUCGAUUCUCAAGCAUUAUUCACUCAGUGCAUCCCCACAAGACUCCAUCUUUCUCUUCAAAUUUCUGAGGAACCUAUCUAAUACCAUGUCCUUUGACAGCUUCACGUACUCGUACCUCAUAAAAGCCUGUGCUAAUAUGAAAUGGCCCGGUGCAGGUAACGGGCUUCACUGUCUGAGCACCAAAGCUGGGUUUGGGUGCCAUGUUCAUGUACAGACUGCACUGGUGAACAUGUAUGUGGAUUGUGGGUGUUUUGUCGAGGCACAAAACGUGUUUGAUAAAAUGCCCGAGAAGAAUGUGGUGACGUGGAAUGUUCUGAUCACGGGGUUUAUCAAGUGGGGCGAGAUUGAAUUCGCAAGGGCCGUUUUUAACGUGAUGCCGGAAAAGAACGUGAUUUCAUGGACCGGGCUAAUUGACGGGUAUACUCGUAUGAAUAGAUUUGACGAGGCCUUGUUUUUAUUCCGUGAAAUGGCUGUUCAUGAAGGGAUUAAGCCGACAGAAGUGACCCUUCUUGCAAUUUUCCCAUCCAUAUGGAGUACAGGGUCUCUCUUGUUCUGCCAAGUUGUUCAUGCUUAUGGAGAGAAAAGCGGACUCAAUAGCAUGGAUAUUCGUGUUAUGAACUGUUUAAUCGAUGCAUACGCUCGAUGUGGGAGUAUAGAAAGUGCUUUUAGAGUAUUCGAGGACAUAGAUGAUACGAGAAAGAAUUUAGUUUCUUGGACUUCUAUUAUAUCUGGAUUCGCCAUGCACGGAAUGGCUGUAGAAGCUUCCGGAUUUUACGAAAAAAUGGAAGAUAAAGGUUUGAAGCCGAACGAAAUUACCUUUCUUAGUAUGCUGAGUGGGUGCAGCCAUGGGGGGCUCGUGGAUGAAGGGCUAGAGUUUUACGGAAAGAUGGUCGAUGUUUAUAGGAUUUUACCGGGGAUUAAGCAUUAUGGGACUUUGAUCGACAUGUUGGGAAGGGCCGGGAGAUUGGAGGAGGCCGAGGAAAUAGCUCUCAGCAUACCUAAUGAGAUUGGUAAUAAUAACAGUGUGGUGUGGAGAACGCUUUUAGGUGCGUGUAGCUUUCAUGGUGAUGUUGAGAGAGGAGAGAGAGUGACGAGGAGAAUCAUGGAGAUGGAGAGAGAAUAUGGAGGUGACUAUGUGCUAAUGUCCAAUAUAUUUUGUGGUGCGGGUAGGUUUGAGGACUCGGAGAGAGUACGGAGGCUUCGACUUCAGAUGCCAAACGUGUACCGCCGAAAAGAAAUGCAAGUUAAACAAAUUAGCUGCAGCAAGCAAUUCAAGUUGUGGGAAGUGGGGAUCUUCUUGUGGCUUCUAUAUGGGGCCAUUGAAGGACAUAAUGUGGGCCGGCCCAGGCAGCACACGAGGCUCGUGUCUCGUAUGUCUGUCACACACGGAAUCUGUGGUAUAAUGGGCCUGCACGAUGGGCCUUUUACGGAUGCUCUGACUGACACCCCACCCACGUGCAGAUCGACGGUUGCGAUACGGGUCAAAAUAUCUCUAUUCUGCAACUCUUUCACAGACCGCGCCGCCACCAACAUCCCGACUAAAAAAAAAUGCCGACCGAACUCUUCUCCUCUCCCGACUCCCGUGCGUGACCCCUCCCUCUCCUCGCUUUGGGUUUUGGUUUUGGGUGCUCUGAGGUUCCAUCCGAUCCGAACCCGAACCGCUGCCAUCCUUAGUUGUACAGAGCUCGUGCAAAGGCUCACAGGGAAGCCAACGGACGGCGAUCAAAGCAAGAGGACGGCGAAGAGAAGUUCGCGAAAAAACGAGCAGAAAAUAUUCGGCUCGAGCAAGAAGUUAUUGCAUCAUGGAGAAUUUAGAGAGAGGAUAAAGGGAGAAGAGGAGAUUUGGAAGGUUGCAAAUUCAGAAGAAGGGUUUUUGGGUGGUUUUGGGGAUCAGUUUGAGUAUGGAUUCAUGCAUGAGCUUAAUCAGUUUCCAUUUUUGGAAGGUACAACUCAAAUGGAUGCCUAUGGAGAGACAGUUCAAUCUGCUCAAUAA